AAAAAUAUCAGUUUUAAAUAUUUUGAUUAAAAUACCGAACAAAGUUGUAAAGAUUCAACUCUAUUACACGAGCACUACUACUACUGGCCUAAUCAGAUCGUGCGUGUGCCGGUUCCUUCCGCUUCCACGCUAGCAGUCUAAAAAAGGCGCGGCUGAGCGUGGUCUGGCGUGGUGUAGUGCCGGUGAUUUUUGCUGCGAGUUGAGUCUGUACGAGCUUACUUCGUGGCGGACUGUCGCUUGUUCAUUGCUCGUGCCUGCAGGUCUUCAAGAUGGUGGUUGAUAACGCUCUAGCGCGGGUAAUGUGUAGGGCCAAGCAAGCGGACGAGUUGCUUGCGGCGCUUACUGCUCAGCUGCAAUCUUUGCGUGCUGCCAGAACAGAGCGAUAUGUUCAAGCCGAAUGCGCCCGCUUACGAAGCGAAAACGAACAGCUCAGGCGAGACGUCGAAACUUGGAAAAAACGCCUCGAGGCUGCCGAAGCUGGCUGCGGGAUCGCGCCAGUGGGAGUUUCCGCACAACGAGCGAAACCUGAGCAGCCGGCAGCUCAAGCAAAGAGCGCUAAGCCACAAGCCGCUCCGCAGAAACUUGGUGACGCUGGUGCCGGCGAUCAGCCCAAGAAACGUGCUGGACCCGCUGUGGACUCAAAAGCACCCCCGGCGAAGAAGGCGGAUGCCAAGAAAAAGGUCGAAGACAACGAUGACUCGAAGCCCGUAGAUGUGAGCCGGCUUGACUUGCGCGUGGGACGGAUUGUGAGCGCUGUCAAGCACCCCGAUGCAGACUCUCUCUACGUUGAACAGGUAGACGUAGGAGAGGAAAAGCCUCGCACGGUCGUCUCGGGAUUGGUGAAGUUUGUGCCGCUCGACAAGAUGCAGAACCGCAUGGCUGUGCUUCUCUGCAAUCUGAAGCCUGCCAAGAUGCGCGGUGUCACGUCGGAAGCCAUGGUCAUGUGCGCGAGCACUCCGGAGAAAGUUGAAAUUUUGGCUCCUCCACCAGGUGCUCAGCCAGGGGAUCGCGUUGUCUGCGACGGUUAUCCAGGCCAGCCAGAUGCGCAGCUUAACCCCAAGAAGAAAAUCUUUGAGCAGGUGGCUCCCGACCUCAAGACUGACAGUGAAAAAAGGGCUACGUACAGAGACCAGCCAUGGAUUGUUACGGGCCAUCAGGGUCAUGUGACUGCAGAGACGCUAUGCAAUGUCCAGAUUAAGUAAUUUUACAUUUACAUUUACAAGCCGCAACACAGUCUAUAAACAUAAUGAAAAUGAGUGAAAAAAGUUGCAACUCCCCUCUACUAAAAGCUAGAAAACGAAUCAACUAUACACUGUUCCAGAAGUUCCGUGCAGCACUGUGGAAGCUACAUGUCUUCUCAACCAAUCAGGAGGGCAAGCACAUUCAAGUAUAUCCUUCCACGCCCUGUCGCCUGCUAGCGACGUGCGCUGCAGCGAAAGCGGCAAGAGCGUCUUGGGACACUGUGUAACUGCGCAGUGAGAUGAGCUGUAAUUGUGAAAGCGGUUAAAUAUUCUCCUCGGCACCGUAAAAGCGCGCGUCUUUGAGAUACUUGCACAUAGACAUAAGCGCGCGUCUUUGAGAUACUUGCACAUAGACAUUUGAGGGAUAGGGUUCAGUGGCUCAUGUUUCGGUGGAAAGCGCCGCACUAGCCCAAUUGAAUAUAAAAGCACCAAGCUUCAUCAGAUUUCGAAUACGCAUGCCUAUGGGCAUGCGAAGUGCCGCUCGCGUUCGAUACGAAAUGAUGGCUCUAUUUCCUGGUGCCUCGCUGUGCUUAUCGUGCUUCGCUACCCACUUGUACAGUGCACGCUCGCUGACGUUGGUGAACGCAGCCGUUCUCUUAAUGAGAGAAUUCAUGCUUGCAUUUCUCCCGCCCUCCUUACGCAGUGUCCCGAACACAUUUAGAGCCAACUGCUUCACUCCCUUGUCGUAAAAGUUGAUCUGGGAACGAUAUCGCAUAGAUGAACCAGGCGUCGCCAUUUUGGCAGGAGUGACCAAAUCUGCCACCGCGGACUAAUCACCACCAAAGACUGGUUCCUCCUCGGUGCUGCGGACGCUCGGGCUGUGUGGACUACUCAUAAAAGUUUAGACAGUGUCGUACCAUUCCUUCGUACUUUAUAAGUAAAAGCAUAAUACAUAUGAGCCACAACAGCGUUAUUUCUGUCGUUUGCAUGUUAUAACACGUACAUGCAAGGACUUUUUCUUCAGUAUGAUGGAGUCACAAAAAUUUUCUACAAAAAAUGCGACAAAAUUGUCAUACAAAUCACAGCUACAACAUGCAGAGAAGCCUUCAAGUAAAAAUCCUCCGACGUUACCGGUUGCAAAAUUCGCGAGGACAAACAAUGGGCUAAGUAUACGGGGCAAUACAUCUCUCUUCCCAACAACCUGCGUUCGAGGGUCGUGUAGCCUUGGCUCUGCUGCAUGGAACUUCUGGAACAGAUUAUAGUUCAAAAGCAUCUUGUAUAUUUGCUAUGGCAAUAAAGAAAUGUUAAAGUGCAAGAUAUGCUAAAAACAUUUAAAUGGGUGCUGACAAAAUUUAUUGGCCAAAAUGUGGGAUCGAAUGCCAUGAAAAUGCAGAUGUCAUCUGCAAAUUAUUGUUACGGUGUAACAUAGACAUGAACCAGGGUGGUGGUCGCCGAAGAUGAAGACGAGAAAACGUAGAGCUGCCGCGUGGUACUCAUCCGCCAUAUCAUCUGGCUGACGAUCAGCUGUUUCAAUAAAUAUCGAUCUCACCUCCGUCACACUUGGUGGAGGUGCUGGGUAAACGCCUUCCAACGGAACUUUGCAGCGGACGUCGUUUGAAGGGACACUCUGCAACUAUGACGGAAAAUACGGCGUCUGCAUCUGCCCCCGGUGUUCGUGUGGCUAGAGAUGAUGCGGCGACUGCAUCUGCUCUGGCGACUACAACCUUCGUGCUUGAAUCCCCACGGGAUCCUGGCAGGAUUAGCGGUUCUGGCGAUCCAGAUGAAGUGGACGUUGAGAAUUGGCUGGCGGAGUACGAACGUGUGAGUACUCGAUACAGAUCGGGUCCGACUCUUAUGCUGGCGAACUUGUUGUUCUACUUUAAGGGAACUGCCAUGGUGCGGUAUGACACCAUGAAGCAGAACUUGGGAGCUGGGAAACAUGCAGGCAAAAAAUGUUGGACUUGUUCGAGAAGCCGAUUGGACGAAAGAUGUCUGCAAACAAAAUGCUUGCGUCUCGGGCGCAAACGUCCACAGAAUCGUACAUCGAAGCUGUAAUUUCUUUGUGUUGGAGAGUCAAUGCCGGAGGCCCCCGUCGUGCUCGUGAAAAAAAAAAAAAAAGAUGGAAGCUGGCGCUUUUGUGUUGACUAUCGCCACUUAAACAAAGUAACUCCUAAAGACGUCUACUCUUUGCCACGGAUCGAUGGUGACGCUCUCGACUGCCUUCAUAGUGCACAAUACUUUUCAUCGAUCGACCUUCGGUACGGUUAUUAGCAAAUUUUAGUUGACCCCAUGGACCGCUAAAAAACUGCCUUUGUGACGCCUGAUGGUCUCUACCAAUUCAAGGUCAUGCCGUUUGGACUUUGCAAUGCCCCGGCAACUUUCGAACGCAUAAUGGACUCCCUCCUCCGUGGAUAUAAGUGGUCCAUCUGUUUAUAUUACCUAGACAAUGUCAUCGUCUGUUCCCCUACGUUUGACAGCCAUCUCACAUGUCUGUCUGCCGUUCUGGAUGUUUUUCGCUGAGCCACUCUUCAACUGAAUUCGGCAAAGUGCUGUUUUGGACGGCGCAAAAUAACUAUUUUCGGUCACCUUGUAAGUGCUGCCGGCGUUCAACCGGACCUCGAUAAGGUGCGGGCAGUGCGAGAAUUCCCUGUACCGUGCUCAACCAAGGACGUCCGCAGUUUUAUAGGAUUAUGUUCCUAUUUUCGUCGCUUCGUCCACAACUUCGCUCACAUUACCCGACCUCUUACUGAUCUCGUUAAAAAGGACACUCCUUUCACUUGGCGUGCCAAGCAAGCUGACACCUUUUCUACCCUUAUCCAUCUGCUGACUACGCCGCCAAUACUGGCCCAUUUUGACCUUACUUCGCAUACAGAGCUUCGGACCCAUGCCAGUGGCCACGAAAUUGGGGCGGUUCUCGGUCAACGACAGCACGGCAAGGAUCAAGUAAUUGCUUAUGCCAGUCGUCUCCUUUUGCCCGCCGAGCAGAAAUUCUCCAUCACCGAGCGUGAAUGCCUAGCGCUAGUGUGGGCUGUGACUAAAUUCAGGCCCUACCUAUAUGGCCGAACGUUUUCCGUAGUCACAGACGAUCGCGCUCUCUGCUGGCUCUCGUCACUAAAGGACCCGUCUGGACGUCUCGGUCGCUGGGCACUACAUCUUCAGGAAUAUUCGUUUCAGGUACAUUACAAGUCGGGGCGACUUCACAAAGACGCAGACUGUUUGUCACGUCAUCCAGUUGAAGAGCACAACCUAGAAGACCUUGACUCUGACUCCUGCAUGCUGUCCAUCUCCGCUUUGCUUGACAUCGUCAGUGAACAGCGACAGGACCCAUCGUUAGUGGCUAUUAUCGACCGUCUAACAUCCCCCUCACCCGACCCGUCUGUUCGAGCUGCAUGACAACAUCCUGUAUCGUCGCAGCUUCAAUGCUGAUGGCCUGGAACUACUUUUUGUGCCACCCCACUAUUUACGCAACAGUGUCCUGGAACAACUUCAUGAUGCACCCACUGUCGGUCACCUUGGUGUCUCUCGUACAUACGAUCGAGUGCGACGUCGUUGUUUCUGCCUGGCAUGUACCGUACUGUGGUUCAUUACGUCGCGUCAUGUGACCACUGCCAACGACGAAAGCGCCCAUUGGUACUGCCUUCUAGCCACUUACACCCCAUCAACAUACCCGUGGAGCCAUUCUUCUGUGUUGGACUUGACCUGCUAGGCCCUUUUCCUGCGUCCACCUCGGGUAAUAAAUGGGUUGUUGUCGCCGCGGAUUAUAGCAAACGCUUUACCAUCAUUCGAGCACUGCCAAUGAGUUGCGCCACUGACGUCGCUGACUUUCUCUUGUACGACGUCAUUCUACAUCAUGGCGCCCCUCGACAGCUGCUUACCGAUCGAGGAAGGUAGUUCCUUUCAUGUAUUGUCGACGACAUUCUCCGUACCUGCUCCACUCAGCACAAGCUUACCACAGCCUAUCAUCUCCAGACGAAUGGAUUGACCGAGCAUCUCAAUGGAACGCUUACUCAGAUGCUGUCAGUGUACGUUUCGUCCGAUCGCCGUGACUGGGACAGUGCACUGCCAUUUGUCACUGUUGCUUAUACUUCUUCAUGACAUGAUACAAUGGGUUAUUCACCAUUCUAUUUGCUAUUUGAUCGGCAUCCAGUGUUACCAUUUGGGACCCUCCUUCCUUCGACCAGACCCUUGUCUACUUCGUACGCCAGCGACGUCAUUGUUCGAGCACAUACAGCUUAACAAAUCACCCACGACCGACUAUCAUUGUCCCAAGCACAGCAAAAAGAUAGUUACGAUAGUCGACAUCGAAGCGUCAACUUCACACCAAGAUCUUCGGUACUCCUUUAGUCACCCUGCCGCCAAGUCGGCUCAUCCGAGAAGCUUCUCUCCCAUUACAACGGCCCCUACAGAGUGUACUCCACUGACUUAGCGACGUCAAUUAUGAGAUCGCACCUGUGGACUCGGCUUAUUCGACCACGUCACCCCAGACAGACAUCAAACACGUCUUUAGACUGAAACUAUAUUGCCCUGCUAGCUCUUCAUUGCCUUAGAAAGCGCCACGAUGGCGCUUCCGCCGCGGGAGGGUGAUGUUACGGUGCAACAUAGACAUGAACGAGGGUGGUGGUCGCCGAAGAUAAAGACGACGAGAAAACGUAGAGCUGGUGCGUGGUACUCAUCCGCCAUGUCGUCUGGCGGACGAUCAGCUGUUUCAAUAAACCUCAAUCUCAUCUCCGUCACAAUGUCAACGGGAAAUAUAUUUUGUACGGUAUUUUACAUGAAGUUUGCAUGCAUAAUCUACAUCCUCAAAAGUGACUCUGUAGUGUCCCCCCGUACUUGCCUAACAUUACCACGCAGCAGUCAAUACAAGUUAUGAUGAUGUCAUAGAUACCAUUUUUCUUCUGAGCUGCAUUCGCUCCAGCAUACUACUACUCGGCGGCUCCUCUUGAGUUUGUGGUGCAUGCGUUAAAUGUUUUGUGUCUGGCGACCCUGCUGUCCCGUUUCCUGUUUGAGAAGACUUCUUGAUGCGGACUGUGCGGAAGUGCGUCACAGUUACUGUAUGCUGACGUGGUCGGGUGUUUCACAUGCUACGUGGUAAUAGUUGCACCCACUUGCUUCUCUUUCUUGGAGCUCUCUCAAACCAAAACUGAGACUGGUCAGUAAUGAAGAGCCUGUAACUAAUGAUCUGUCACGCACUACAGCAAACAUGUGUCGUGUUACAGCUAAUAGGCCCCCAGCAACAUAUUGCACUAAAAAACAUGAGGCCAAAACUUUUUUUCAGUACCCUUUUAAAUGCAAAAAUACUGUGUACUUGGAAUUACGUAAAUGUACCAUUGUCAUAGGUUCUACCAUUUCCAAUGGAGACUGAAAUGUAGACCCGUGUGCUCAGAUUUGGGUGCACUUAAAGAACCCCAGGUGGUCGAAAUUUCUGGAGCCCUCCACUACGGCGUCUCUCAUAAUCGUAUGGUGGUUUUGGGACGUUAAACCCCACAUAUCAAUCAGUCAUAGGUUAUACAAAACAUGAUUGCUUUUCAGUUAGUUGGAGCAGUUUCUUGACCCUUGCAAUAAACCUUGCCAAACAAAA